UCCUUUAAAAAAAAAACACUUUUAUCACCUGUUUACUGGCCGGAUGCUCACGAUCACGCUCCGUGACGCAACGGACCUCAAAGGUCGACAAAACGAGUUCCACCGUGGCUCUAGUGGUGGCCGGCAGGUACACACGCAGCAUUUGCAUCCUGUUGAUAGUCUCUCGGAAUUAGUAUGGUGUGCGUGAAGCUCCUCCUCCUGGCUUCGUGGCUGGUGCUGGCCAGCGGCGACGUGUCCCACCUGGAGCCCUCGACGGAGCCCCCGCCGCCGAAGCCCUACGUGUUCUCCUACACGGCAGGCCGGUACCCGGGUCACGCCGACCGGCAGCACACCGAAGUCAGCGACGGCAGCGGGGUCGUCAGAGGCACAUUCUCGUACGUCGACCCUCGUCACAAGGUGCGCACCGUGGAUUACGUCGCGGACAAGCAGGGCUUCCACCCGGUGCUGAGCGAACAGCCGCCGGAGCACCCCGCCGACUCCGCGGCCGUGGCGCGCGCCAAGGACCAGCAUCACCUGCUCUAUGCCAAAAUUGCUGAGGAGCAUGCACAGCACCCCUACCCUAUUGACGCGCCAUCGCCGCGGCAGUCUGAAGCCGUAGCGCUGGCUGCAGCCAAGCAUGCACAGCUGUUCCGAGUCAUCGCCGAACAGCACGCGAGGAUCGCGGCCGAGAGGGAGGCCCUCCAGAGGGAAGAGGAGGAGAAGAAUCUGCAGGACUUGGCUCACUAGCUACCAAAGACACGACACUCCAAUAAAAACGAUUGAAUUUUAAAUUCCGCGCUCUCUGUAUUCUUAUUGGUUUUACGUUUGAACGAGAACAAUGACCAAUCAUGAUGUAGUACGCUGAAUUUUCGAUUUCAUGUUGGAUUUAUUUUUACUUGUGACAUCAAGUUGAUAUGCGGCCCACCUGAUAAAAUGUCUAUUGGUACCUUGACUUAGCGUAACAAUAACUUUAUAUGAUACACCUGACUGCUAAGCUAUACGACGCCAUUCAUGCUGACAAAUCAAUAAUUUUUGCACACUCUAAAUAAUGUAAAGGUGCUCUCAGAACAAUUCAACCGGUGCGGUCGCGCUGUCAUUACAAUUUUUCAAAUUUUAACAAAGACACGAAUUAGUUUUAUUAUCUGAUUUUACAAUUAUUAAUCUGUACCAUAUAGUAAUGUCAAUUUUACAAAUUAUUGAUUUUGGAAAUGAUUCCUUCCUCAAGAAAUACGACAGAUCGUAAUGAGAGCGCGGCCGCAAUCUAAAUGCUCUGUGAACCACACAUAAAAUGUGAAAGUGUGUUUGUUUGUUCUUCUUUCACGUCAAAACGAAGCAUUGGAUUGAUUUUUGAUGUGAACAUAGUUGGAUAACUGGAGAGUGACAUAAGCUCAAGGACUGUUUUCCGCGUGCGGAGCCACGACAAACAGUUCUUGUGUUGUUGCAAAUGUUCAAAUUUUGCUUCAUUUAUCCGCUACGAGUAUAUUCAAGAAAAACCAGUGACUCGGCCUAGAUACAGAUGAAUUUAUGCAAAUUGAAGUGAAAACAGAAUAAAUAUGCAUGAUUUAAAUAUUCUGCACAAACAAAAUAAUACAUCUGUUGUGAAUUUAUAUUCCAAAAUCACAUCAGACGUAACAAUAAUAAUCAUAUUACUGUUUAUUUAAGUAUUAUAAAGUUACCAUGAAAAUACUCUAAAAUGCCAUUAUAUUUUAAUUAUAAACGAGUAGCGUAACUUCCGUUAAGUUUUGUACAUUUGUAUAAAAUAAUAUAUAAAAAACUUAAAAACGAUAUAAUAAAUAUUUUUAAACAUUUCA